AUGAAAGUUGUAGAUGUUGAUACUAUUUGUAAAAAUGUUGCUGACAACCCUUCGUUUUGUCUCACUCUUCUCAAACCAAAGCAAGGUGCAGAUCUCAUUACCCUUGGUCAAUACACCAUUGACGUGGCACGUAUUAAAUUGACCAACACAAUCAAUCUAAUCAAGAAACUUAUUUCUCAAAGUGGCAGUGAUCCCAAGGCAAAAGACCAUUACGAGUAUUGUUUGAGUAGAUUUGGGGCAGAAGGUGGUGCUUUUAGUAGGAUUUUGGAUAGUGAAAAAUGUUUAAAGAAUGGAGACUACUUUGGAUUUGGAGGGGAAGUGGAUCGUAUCAUAGCCGAUUAUUCAUCAUGCAUUACGGGAGACUCACCAAGUGAUCCUCCAUACCCUGAUAAAUCUUUACUCCCAAAAUAUGCCGGAAUUUUUCUUGAUGUUGUUGAAAUUAUGCUGGCUAUAUCAUUUUUUUUACCAACAUAG